AUGGCAAACUCCCAACGGAUGAGCAAAUCAAACAUAAGGGGAUCCAUCUUGCUUCCAGGUGUGCUCUCUGCAACCAAGCUAAAGAAAAUAUUAAUCAUAUCUUCCUCACAUGCCCUUUCACGACCAAAGUUUGGAAAACAUUUGUUGAGUGCUUUGAGGUUAAGUGGUAGCAGCACCACAAACAUUUGGUGGGAAAGGAACAGAUGUCGGCAUGACAAUGAGUACAGAGCUGCGAUGCAAAUUUUUGAAUAUAGUCAUCAUGAGCUUGGCUCUUGCGUAGGGAAGCUGAAGGGGGAGGUGAAAGCUCCAAUUGAUGUUAUUUUUCUGCACUCUCUGGGAAAUCCAGGAAGGGCAGGAGCAGGAGGGAUUGUUCGAGAUAAUGAUGGCCAGUUGUCAUCAAGUGAAACAGAGGCUCUCCUCAAAUGGAAAGCCACUCUCCAAAACUACUCUGUUCCUGCUUUCCGUUCUUGGAAGCUUACAUCAUCACCAUCAUCUCCCAACACCAAUACUACUGCUACGGCUUCUUCAUCAUCAGCAUCAAUCCCCUGCUGCAAGUGGUUUGGUAUAACCUGUAACAAAGCCGGAAGCAGCGUGGUUGAGAUUAGCCUUCCAGGACUCGAGCUGCAAGGUACGCUUCACAACUUCACCUUCUCUUCCUUUCCCAAUCUCCUCCGUCUCAAUCUCAGCCUCAAUGGACUCACAGGACCCAUACCAGUGCAUAUUGGUAGCCUCUCCAAACUCACCCUCCUUGAUCUCUCCAAUAAUUAUCUUUCCAGCGUUCUGCCUCCCUUAAGUAUAUUAAGCAGCCUGCAAUUCUUAGACCUCUAUGGCAAUGAAAUCAGUGGCACAAUUCCUUUAGAAAUAGGGAAUAUGAAAAAUCUGGUUGAGUUAGCAAUAGGUUCGAAUAAAUUCACUGAUAUGAUCCCCCAUGUCCUAGCUAAUUUAAGCAACCUUCACUUUCUAUACUUGCAUACCAAUGAACUCAGUGGUGCAAUACCUUACGUAAUGGGAAAUCUAGAAAAUUUGGUUGAGUUGGACCUAGCUGAAAACAAACUCAUUGGUCCAAUCCCUCAUUCUCUGGCUAAUUUAACUAGAUUGAAGAGCCUCUAUUUGUAUGGCAAUCAAUUAUUUGGUCUGAUGCCUUCUGAAAUCGGAGAUAUGAAAAAUUUGAUUGACUUGGGACUAUAUCAAAACAACCUCAGCGGUCCAAUCCCUCAUUCUCUGGCUAAUUUAACUAGAUUGAAGAGCCUCUAUUUGUAUAGCAAUCAAUUAUCUGGUCCUGUGCCUUCUAAAAUCGGAGAUAUGAAAAAUCUGAUUGACUUGGAGCUAUCUGAAAACAACCUCAGAGGUCCAAUCCCUCAUUCUCUGGCUAAUUUAAGUAGACUAGAGACCCUCUAUUUGGAUUCGAAUCAAUUAUUUGGUCCUGUGCCUUCUGAAAUCGGAGAUAUGAAAAGUCUGAUUGACUUGGAGCUAUCUGAAAACAACCUCAGUGGUUCAAUCCCUCAUUCUCUGUCUAAUUUAAUUAGACUAGAGACCCUCUAUUUGCAUUCGAAUCAAUUAUCUGGUCCAAUGCCAUCUGAUAUCAGCCUUUAUUUGUACGAGAAUCAAUUAUUUGGUUCCAUACCUCAAGACUUUGGAAGUCAAGCGUCUAUUGUAGACCUCCAGUUGUCUGACAACCUCUUAUCUGGAAGCUUACCGCAACAAAUAUGCCAAGGACGAUCACUUCAAAGAUUAGCGGCUCAAAACAGUAGUCUUACGGGUCCUAUUCCUGACUUCAGAAAUUGCACAAGUUUAAUGAGAGUUAGACUUGAAAAAAACCUAUUAGUAGGAAAUAUAACUGAUAGUUUUGGUGUAUAUCCACAUCUUUAUUACAUUGACAUGAGUCACAACAGACUAUAUGGAGAGCUAUCACCACAUUGGGGAAAAUGUAAGAAUUUGUCAGUUCUGAAGAUUUCUGGAAAUAAUAUUAGUGGGAAGAUACCACUUGAGAUUGGUCAAUUAACUCAACUUGGAGAACUUGAUCUUUCUUCCAACAAACUUGCUAGAGAAAUACCAAAGGAACUUGGUAACUUAUCUACAUUGCACCUUUUGUAUUUAAAUGACAACCAGAUUUCAGGGCAUGUACCAGUUAAAAUCGGAAAAUUAAUCAAUUUGGACCAUCUAGAUUUAUUGGCCAACUGCUUGAUUGGAUCAAUCCCGACGCAACUUGGUCAAUGCUCCAAAUUGUUGUCAUUAAAUUUGAGCUAUAAUUCAUUGAAUGGAAGCAUUCCAUCUCAAAUUGGUGAACUUGUAUCCCUACAAGUUCAAUUGGACCUUAGUCAGAACUCAAUCAGUGGACCGAUACCACCAGAGCUUGAAAAUUUGAUGAUGCUGGAAAUUUUGAAUCUAUCCCAUAAUAUGAUCACAGCCUCAAUACCUUUUUCUCUUGAAAAUAUGGUUAGCUUAGUAUCUCUUGAUCUGUCCUACAAUGAGUUAGAGGGUGUUGUCCCCAACACUAGGGUUUUUAGAAAUGCUUCUUCACCUCAAGCAUUUAGAAACAAUAAAGAGUUAUGUGGUGAACUUCAAGGUCUACUUCCUUGCAAUCCAUCUCUUACAAGCAAAGGAUUGAAAAAAAGUGGACAUAAAGUCGUCAUAUCUCUCGUUGCUUCUUUGAUAGGACUUUUGUUCCUAAUAUUUGCAAUUAUUGGUGUUUUCUUCCUCUUGCGAAAAAAAGUGAAAAAAGGGAAUAUAGAAGAGGCAAGAAGAAACCAUGGCAAUAUCUUUUCAAUAUGGAAUUUCAAUGGCAAGAUUGCUUAUGAGGAUAUUAUUCAAGCAACAGAGGGUUUUGAUGUCAAAUAUUGCAUUGGAAAUGGAACUUAUGGGAGUGUUUACAAAGCAGUGCUACCUACAGGCCAUGUAGUCGCCUUGAAGAAGUUCCAUCCAUUGGAAGGUGAGUUGAUAGUUGAUGAGGAAAGCUUUGGGAAUGAGAUUCGUGUGUUAACAGAAUUACGGCAUCGAAACAUUGUCAAACUUUAUGGAUUCUGCUCUCAUCCACGAUGCAUGUUUCUAGUUUAUGAGUAUAUGGAAAAAGGAAGCAUAGCACAUAUCUUAAGCAAUCAAGCAAAGGCUAUGGAGUUUGAUUGGCUGAAAAGAGUAAAUGCCAUCAAAAGUGUUGCCAAUGCUUUGUCUUACUUGCAUCAUGAUUGCAUUCCACCAAUAAUUCAUCGGGAUAUUUCAAGCAAAAAUAUUUUGCUAGACUUGGAAUUUGAGGCUCAUGUAUCCGAUUUUGGCAUUGCAAGAUUAUUAAAGCCAGACUCAUCUAAUUGGUCGUCACUUAAAGGAACUUAUGGAUAUAUUGCUCCAGGUAUUUAAUUUUCAAUGCUAUAUACUAUAUUUUGUUGUUUGAGGUUUCUUUAUUUUUACUGUAGUAUUUCAGACCUUGGAUUUUUUCUGAAUUGGGCUAUUG